UCCCUCACUCUCACUCUCUCUCUCUCCCUCGGCGCACGUUUCUCUCGCCAAUCUGGCAGUUCUUUCUCCGACGCACCUCUAUCUGAUUUGGGCAACUUUGAUUCCAGACUAAUGUCCAACGCAGGCCAGAGUGCAUCAAGAAAGCGAACUGCGGCAGUUGCAGCUGAGCGCACAAAACGAAUUGACGAGGGGGUCGAUGCAUUGCAAAAACUGUUUCCACAUUCUGGGGAGGGUGAUGAAGUUUUUGUAAUGAAUCAUAUCAUUGAACAAUGCAAGUCUUUGCAGCUGCAAAUAAAGGAUUUGAGUCGAAGUAGAUUGAAAGGUGACUCAAGUGCUGAACAUGUGGAUAUUGUCGACGAGGGAUGUGGUCGCAUUACUAGCCAGGAGAUGCUGAAUGAACAUCUGGGAAAAAUGCUGCAGGAUAACCCAUCUCUUCCUUUGGGAGGCAAGCAUCAUUUGUUCUCGAUGCCCAUCGAAUCUUCUCUCUCUCUGGAGAAGAGAGAGAAGCAAUUUUAACAACCCAAUCAUGCAGUUGCUGAAAUCCUGAGUUGUAGGGCCUAUGAGGAGGUAGUCAUUUUUUGUGUUAACGGUGAGUUGGUGACAAUAUGUUGUGGAUGAACUUGUACUUCACAAGAAUCUCAUAUGUACAUCUUUUUAAAAUUAACCAUUAUAUCUAGAAAACCUAUAAAUCUAAUGAUUAAUUAAACAUGCAAACUAUUUA